AUGGGAACAGAAGUUCGACUGGGACUGGCCAUGCAAAGCCAAAACGCGACUUUGUCCGUUAAAAUAAGACUAGCGUGCAAACAACCCAGUUUUUUCAUCAAGGUUGUUAGUAACAUGAUUUUAGGUUGCGCUCGUGCGUGUAGGCUGGUGUACUAUUAUCACGGUCUAAUCUUGGAUAAAGGCACCGAGCCGUCAUCCCAUGUAAGUGUUGUGUGUUGUUUCCUUGCUGCAGAAGAUCUGUUAGCUGAGAGUAAGAAGGCUUGCUUAACCUUUUGCCUUUCACAUCCAAUUACUAGGGCUGCACCAUCAUGGGGUGCAAUGAAGCAUUUUCACAAGAAAAUUCCCAAUAUGGCAUCUAAGAAAUCUCAAAUGUGCGGCUACCUUCUCGACCAAGAAAAGUAG